AUGCUUCAAGAUCUGGUCCGACCAGCACUGAAUCAAAAACUCUACCACCGGGAAUACAAUUGGGAAUUUUAUCGACUACUCAUUCUCAAUUCUUCCAAAUAUCUCGAACAAGGAUGCUCUCAACGGUCUUGUGUACGAUUGCUUUUUUCAAUUUGGCAAAUGCCGACGAUGGAGUGCAACCUGUGA